AUGAGAAGAAACAGGAAGAGUGUGCUUUGGUACCGCAAAUAAGAUGCUCUGCACGAGCCUGGCUUAGCGACAGCGUACAUAAAUUAGCAUUUCCGUUGACAUGUCUCGUAUAUCACUCACGGCUGGCGUGCAUCCUUUCCUUUCCUUGCCCACACUUUGUGAAGGAGACCCCGUAGUAUGCAGGUACCAUGUGUCAGCUUCAGCGCAGCAAGGAAGUCAGAGUGACAAACGUAAGCCAAAGCACCACGCUUUGUUUUCCGACCUUUCUGGAGCGAGAAACACUGUCCUGCGAGCACGUCCUUCAGCUUCUGCUAGAUGCAGGUUAUGUUGGUCAUAUUCCGCAGGGCGGACAUCCACCACUGUGAUAUUUGCAUGGGGUGCACAACUGCGAUCAAGCUUUUGCGUAUACACAAGUGGGCAACUGUGAAUGAUCUACUCAUUGGCGGCGUCCUGUGACGGUUCACGGCCAACACGAAGCGCACCUCAGCCCUUAAUAAAUGUGAAAUGUGACGACUUGUCUCGCCUGCAUAAUUGGAA